CCAGCCCUGUGCAGCCAGGAGGCCAGGCCGCCGAGCCGCCCGCCCGCCCGAGACAUGGUCCUGCUGGCCGUGGCGAUGCUGUUGCUGGCUUCAGUGGCUGCUGAGGACGAGCGGAUCAUCGGGGGACAGUCCUGUGGCCGGCACCAGCAGGCCUACCAGGUGGCCCUGAUGGGCUCUCCCAACACCGUGCGCUGCGGGGGGGUGUUGAUCAACCCCGGCUGGGUGCUGACGGCUGCCCACUGCGACACCGCGCGCCCCAUCUCCAUUCGCCUGGGGGAGUACAGCCUGAGGACCAGCGAGGGGACGGAGCAGUGCAUCAAAUCAACCCAGUCCUUCCCUCACCCCAACUACAACCUCACCUCGCACGACUACGACAUCAUGCUGCUGAAGCUGCAGAACACCGCCAACCUCAACAACUACGUCAAAACCAUCAGCCUGCCUGACAGAUGCCCUGAACCCAACACGGAAUGCCUGGUGUCCGGAUGGGGCACGACCCAGACCCCUAAACUGCAGUACCCCAACAUUCUGCAAUGUGGGAAAGUCUACAUCCAGCCCAACGCGGACUGCGAUAAAUCUUACCCCGACGCCGUUACCGAAAACAUGCUGUGUGCUGGUGUGAAGGAAGGAGGCGUGGAUUCAUGCCAGGGUGACUCCGGCGGCCCGCUGGUCUGCAACGGGAAACUCCAGGGCAUCGUCUCGUGGGGAUCACAGGUUUGCGCGCCGAAAGGCAAGCCAGGUGUCUACACCAAAGUCUGCAGAUUCACCGGUUGGAUCCGGGGCAUUAUAAGGGAGAACUCCAGCAACCGAGCCUCCAUCACCUGCUAGAAGCAAGCCACAGCUGCCACUGCCCCUUCCCCAGGGAACUGAGAUUCCUGUAAUAAACAGUGUGAAACACA